AUGAAUCUAACAUGUAAUUCGACGUUGGAGGAGAUGCGAAUCGGCUCCGAGACCAAGAUCGCAGGGCCCUUUACUUUUCACCAGUUGGCCCUGAUCAUCGGCGGCGGUUGCGCCCUCAUCGCCAUCCUGACCAGCUUUUUCUUGAUGUGGCAACAUGCGCUCAACUACACCAAGCCGCGCGAGCAGAAGCACAUCAUCCGCAUCCUCUUGAUGGUCCCCAUCUAUUCGGCCUCCGCCUUCCUCUGCAUCUGGUACUACUGGCACGCCGUGUAUUUCCAGGUCCUUAGCGACUGCUAUGAGGCCUUCGCCAUCUCCUCCUUCUUCGCCCUCAUGUGCCACUACAUGGCCCCCGACCUGCACGACCAGAAGGAAUACUUCAGGCAGAUGCAGCCCGUCAAGCCAUGGGUCUGGCCUCUCAACUGGAUGGCCAAAUGCUGCGGCGGCGACCGUGGGCCCUGGAGGACUCCCAAGAGCGGCCUGACCUGGUUCAACAUUGUCUGGAUUGGCAUCUACCACUACUGCUUCAUCCGCGUUGCCAUGACCAUCACCGCAGUCGUAACGCAGUAUUUCGACCGAUAUUGCGAAAGCUCCAAUAACCCGGUUUUCGCACACAUCUGGGUUCUCGUGGUCGAGUCCAUCGCGGUCACCAUUGCCAUGUACUGCGUAAUCCAAUUCUACGUACAACUGAAAGAACCAUUGGCAGAGCAUAAGCCCUUCUUGAAGGUCAUCGCCAUCAAACUGGUCAUCUUCUUAUCCUUCUGGCAGUCGAGCGCCAUCUCGGUCGGUACAUCUACACUGCACAUCGUCAACCCUAGCGACAUCAUGGCAUAUCCAGACCUCAAAGUCGGCAUACCGUCCCUGCUACUAUGCGUGGAGAUGGCGCUGUUUUCCAUUCUGCAUCUUUGGGCUUUCUCUUACAAGCCGUACGUCCCGGGCGCCAAGCCUACUUAUUACCCGGUUGCGGAUCCAGCUCUGGGCCUGGCUGCCCGUGAGAAUGAGCACGGGGCUCCCCAGGGCGGCCCCUUUGGGCUGAAGGCAUUCUGGGAUGCUUUGAACCUGUGGGACGUGGUGAAGGCGUUUGGCCGUGGCAUUCGCUGGCUUUUCGUGGGCGUUAAGAAGCGCCAUCUCGAUCCCAGCUACAGCAAAAACAACACCAACCACAACAGUCUGGAUACGAGUUACCCCAUGAAAUCGUACCCCGGGGCCAAGAGCACGGAUCAUCUGCCUAUCGCGACUGAGUUUAGGCAGAGCACCUUCUACGGGAAAAACAGCCCGCUGGGUCGACGUAACGACGAAAGCGCAGGCCUGAUCGACAACGCACAGGGUAUCUCGGGCUCGCCCCCGCGAAGGAGGCAAAGCCCACCGUACCAUGAGGAGCCUCAACGCGAUGGUGCGGUACCGUCGUACGAUGACACCCACAGGGACGAAUACAACGAUGGCCACCACACGCAGCAGCCCGACCAAGCCUACGAUCCCCACAGGGGUGAGUACUAUGAAGGCAAUGCAAUCCAACAAGCGGGCCAAGCUCAUCGUCCGUAUCAACCCUACUCGGAGUACGACAACGGGGAGGCGGGAUACGGAGCUCCCCCUGGUGCUGCGAGCACCAGCAGUGGGAGCAGGAGACAACAGCAGAACCCGAGAAACUCAACACAGAUGAAGGUCGGGAACGCGCUCUGGGGUGACCGAGGCAACCAAGGCGGACAAAUAUAG